AUGCGGUCUCUCAUAGACACUAUCCCUGUGGGAUUCAAGGACAUGGUUCUCCCUGCCCCGACCAAGCUGGCGCUGCAGACGCUGGUGACACUGCCGCUCCUGCAACCCCACCACUUCCAGAACGGCAUUCUCGGGCGUCAUUCGAUCAACGGUGUCCUCUUGUUUGGUCCUCCUGGCACCGGCAAAACCAUGCUGGCCAAAGCCGUCGCUAAGAGUGGCGGUGCUCGGUUUAUGAACGUCUCGCUCAGCGAUGUCUUUGACAAGUAUGUUGGCGAGGGCGAAAAGAACGUUCGGGCCAUCUUCACUCUGGCCAGGAAGCUAGCACCCUGCGUGGUGUUCCUGGAUGAAGUCGAUGCCCUCUUUGGGGCCCGUCGCAGCGACGGCUCCAACUCCAGUCGGAGAGAAAUCAUCAACGAGUUUAUGAGCGAAUGGGACGGACUCAACUCCAACAACGGCGGCGUCAUCAUCAUGGGCGCCACCAAUCGGCCGUUCGACCUGGACGACGCGAUUCUGCGGCGCAUGCCGCGGAGGAUCUUGGUUGAUUUGCCCACCGAGAGCCAGCGCGAAAAGAUUAUCGACUUGCAUCUGCGGGGCGAGACCCUCACUGCGGAUGUCUCGAUCCCCGAGCUCGCGAAGCGGACGCAGUUCUAUUCAGGCAGUGAUCUCAAGAACCUUUGCGUGGCUGCGGCACUGAGCAGCGUCAAGGAGCAAGUCGUGCGGGGCGUGCUCGAGGCCGACCCCGCCGAUGCAGCAUCAUCAAACGAGACUGCAAAGGCACCUGGCCACGACACCGCCGACGUCCUCAAGCGUGCAGACGAGAUUGACGACUGGACUCAGUUCUUGCAGACGGCGCCGUCAACAUCGGGCCUUGGAAAGUCAGUCAAGCACGGAUCGGCCCCUGUGAAAUCAAACUCCUCGCCCCAGCCCUCUGACGAACAGCACUACCCUGGACGGACUCUGAAUCUGAGCCAUUUCGAGGUUGCCUUCAAGGAGGUUCCACCGUCCCUCACCGACGAUAUGCAGACGCUCAUGGAGCUCAAGAAGUGGAACCAGAUGUAUGGCGAUGGAUCGGCCCGGAAGAACGCCAAGCCUGGAUGGGGAUUCUGA